CAGCAAUGGUGGUGGCGAUGUCGUCUUACACGGAUAUUUGAAAAAACUAAAGACGAUGAAAAAGAAAUAUUUCGUGUUGCGAUCAGAUUCCGCGGAGGCAUCGGCGCGUCUCGAGUACUACGACUCCGAGAAGAAGUACAAGGCAAGGUCGCCGCCGAAGCGCGCGAUUCUAUUGAGGAGCUGCUUCAACAUCAAUCGACGAUCGGACACCAAACACAAGUGUGUGAUCGCUUUACAUAUGAAAGAUGACUGUUUUUGUAUGUUAUUGGAUGCCGAAGCGGAAUUAACACAGUGGCUGCGGGCUUUAUUGGCUCUACAGCGUGGGGGCGACGAUGAAAAUGACACCGGAGAAGCACCCAGGCCCACUUUCGAACAUGUUUGGCAAGUGAUCGUGAAGAAGAGAGGUUUAGGAGCAAGUCGAAACAUUUCGGGUCGGUAUCACCUAUGCCUCAAUGAUAACACGUUGUCACUCGUUCGCAUAGGAGGUGGUAGUAACAGCAAUUCCACCACAAACACAAAUGCUGCCUUCAAUGAAACUGCCACCAAUCAACACCCGCCGCUCCAACAUAGGGCUUCAAGCCAAUCUAUACAACCGCAACCUGAGGAACUCAUCGAGUUUCCACUGAUAUACAUCAAAAGCACCGGAGCUCUGGAAUCUUUCUUCUAUAUGGAAGUUGGUCGUUCCGCAGUUACCGGCGCCGGGGAAUUAUGGAUGCUUUCGGACGAUCCUAACAUUGCCCAAAAUAUGAAUUCCAUCAUACAAUCGGCGAUGAAAAAUAUGAAGGCCAAAGACGAUCUUGGCCCGAAAAGCCGCAAUCGAUCGUCUUCAGCGAACGAAUCGUCGAAGCCGAUCUUCAUGCAACAGCGACGACAGACUCACGCGGGGAAACCUAUGAAUUUUUCACCCAACAGUGUUCCUAUGAUGAAUACGACGCGGAACCCGCAGUAUUCGUCAUCCGGCGGCAACACGUCCACCGCCGGCGGCGGUUCUAUGGCCGCGUGGAGCUUCUGCAAGACGUCAACGGCAUCUCAGCAGCAACAUCAACAGCACUGUCGACCGGCCACUACUCAAAGGAGACAUUCCGUCUCAGCUCAUACGACGGUUCAGUGCCAUCAGCGUACUCUAUCGCUACCGGAUGCUGGACGCACUUCUUCGGAAAAUCAUCAUCCUUCUCCUCCCAGUCACAACACUUGUUCUGUGUAUCAACAACAUCAGCGCACUAAGUCAUUACCGUUGUGCGAAGAAUCAGCAAAAAACUGCCAUAAUGAUUCAAUAUCCGCUGCUUCAGUUGGGGGAGACGUUAUUUUAACGCAAAUUGUCGUCAAGCAUAACAACCAUUCGACGGCAGGAUACAGCUCAAUGGAGAGCAUUGUUGAGGACCCACCAGUCGAGGCACAAGGACAGAUCAAGACACGAAACAUCACUGGCAACUCGCCGACGUUGAUCACGCGGCGCGGCAGUACCGGUUGUAGGACGCAUCAAAAACUGCGCCAGAACACCAGACAGAGUACAGCAGCGACAACGGGGCGCGAACGUUGCGACAGUUUGCCUUCGCGGGCACGCACGGCCAGUGAAUCCGGAUCGGUGACUCAUGCCAAUUCCGUAUCACAACAGCAGCAACGCGCCAUGUCUCAUCGUUCGCAUACUCUACAUACCAGAGGCCUGAGCUAUAGUCCACCAGGAGCUGCGGUGUCAGGAUCCCCAGUGAUGAGCCCACCAAGUGGUGCUUGCUCCACUGAUAGCGCCGGGUCUUCAUUGAGCAUUGAUGAAACCGAUUGCUGUGGACACUCGUUGCUGGAGGAUGGUGUUGGCCUCACUUCCAGAUUUAUAGUGCCUCCAGAAACACAAGUAAUUCCUGAGGAAACUCCCGAUGAAUGUUGGACAGGUGUAGAUGGUUUUGAGGAAGAUUAUGUUAAUACCCGAAUUGCAGGAUUACGUUUACCAUUGUCAGAUACUAGUGGUGUUGGCACUAGUUGUAGCGCGGGUACAAGUCCUGCUGACAGACUCGUUGAAAGCGGACCUUACGUUCCAAUGUCCCCUGGAACAGCUGGGACUAGUCCGCCACACUAUCGACACAGUCGAACAUCGUCGAUAGCAGAAGAUGCACCAGUUGAUUAUCGAUAUGUAGGCUGCGGUGGCACUUCGUCGUCUGCCAGUGGUGCAGCGGAUUCUGGAUAUGUACCAAUGUCCGGCAAUGGUGGUGGAGAUUUUAGUUAUGUGCCUAUAGCAGCAAAUCCGCCAUUGGAUUAUGCCGAUAUGGAACCCGCUCGACCAGCUUCUAGAGCGAGUGUUACUUCUGGCACACCUUCGACCGAUUUGCGAUUUUCAGAAUAUCAUUUGGAAAAGGUUACGUCGUAUUUUGCUCCCAGUUCUGAUGACGAAGAUUCUUCAUCGUCUAGGCCAGUACGCGCUUAUUCAGUUGGUUCUCGACCGGAACUGGUAGCGCGCAAGAAUCACCUGGAUGCUCUUAACGCAGAACAAACGGCGAACAACCAAAGCAAUGCAUCCCGAAUUCGUGCAUUUAGUGUCGGUAGUCGCUCGAAAUUGCAACAACAACAAGCAGCGCGUCAAUCGCAUUAUCACAUGCAGUGUCAUCAUCCACACACGCAUAUCAUGCAUCAUGGAGCCGUUCAUAACCAACAUAGCCGUAAAGCAAGCAGCGCCCCUUUACUGUCUACAAGUUGGGGAGAACGUACGGGUCGCACUCUGCACGGAUCAGUGGAGCCGAUGGACGAUCUCAUGGAAAUCGAUUUCACUCGAACUAAUAAGUCUCCAGUAAGCAUCAACACCUGCAGCGGCGGUAUCAACAUCAAGCGCCGACACUUAAAAGAUGAAGGGUAUGUCGACAUGGCAUCGAAAAAUAGCAGUGCCAAUGGGUAUGUAGAGAUGCGUCCGUUGGUUUCUAGUUCUCCGCCAGAUGUUAUGUCAUCUCCUGAUGUAGUUGAUGGAUAUAUGGAUAUGACGCCGGGAAAUACUGGUAACGUAAAUGCGUCUUCGACGCAAAUUCCAUCAAGGCAGCGAAACAGUAGCGCUCCGUCAACAUCUCCAUUGCAACCCAAUUGCAUUUCCUCCCCAAGAGGUUUAUCACUUCCUCAAAAUAUCAAACAAUAUACCGGAAGGCAAAAUAAUCCGCAACAAGACUAUAUUAAUAUGUCAGCAUCGAGCCCACGACAAGAAAAUCGAACCCAACCCGUAGAUCUUCCGCGUAAACGAUCGCAAGGCACUCCCGAAGGUUAUGUUGAAAUGUCCUGGAAUGGUGGCAGGAAAAAUACUAGUCAAUUGCCUGGUUCUGCAGAUGAUUACAUUAGUAUGUCUUUCGAUAAGGUAUACAAAAAAUAUCAGAAAAAUUUAAAAAAUCAUGAUACUAUUUCUGCACAUUCAUCACAACCUAUCACGAUACGAAGCAACCAAACUGAUUCGUCCCCCAAGCCCCCGCCUGGUUAUUUGCCUUUGGUUGUGGGCUCGAAUUCGACAACGCGCCAAAGAAGAGAGUCAAAAGAUAGCGGAGUAGUAACUCCUUCAGGAUCCCAAAAUACCAUAUUUCCAUUUAGUCCUAGUUCUCCCACUAAGGCGUUUAUGCCGAAUAAACUGUAUAAUCAACGAAAAUGUCAGGUAGAUGCGUCUAGCGGUACAGUCUGCUUAGAUGAUGCAAAUGAAGAUGAUAUAAAACCACAAACAACGGUUGAGCCUAUUACUGAAAAGGAUGAAAAGAAUUUACAUAAUAAUUGUAGUGAUACCAGUACUUCCGGAAAUGACUCAGAUUAUAUAAAUUGCAGUCCCGUUAGACGGAUGUCGGAUCCUUCUGGUGACUACGCUUUAAUGCUAACACCAACUGUAGUAACAGGAGACACAGCGAUCACUACGAUUGUACAGUCGGAGGCCUCAAGUGCAGAGUUCAGACCAAUCCACGCUGCGCCUGAGUCAGUUAAUUCCACGAGAAAAGUUCCGGAAGUUAGCUCUCCAAAGAAUGUUAGUAAUGCACAGAACCGACUUUUAUUUGAGAGACGGGCUGACAUCACUUCAAAUAACAAUAACAAUAUAAAUAACAACAACAAUAAUAAUACGAAUCAGCAGCAGCAACAUAAGGAACAGCUCGAAGGUUCUGCAGGAUACGAAUUGCUGGCCGUCCGUCCCAGUUCUGCGGGCGGCGAACGCAUCGUUUCCCGUCCGGGCUCCGUCGGUGGAGAACGCGAGCUGCACUACGCGAGCUUAGAUCUGCCGCCCGAAGCAGAGCGUAGUCCGCGGUGUCCUGAUGCGCCUCUCUCGGCUUCUCCCAGCCCCAACCCUGAACCAGCGUUCACUUACGCGCAAAUUGAUUUCUUGAAAAGCGAAAAUUUGAAAGUUAAACACUAAAGCUGAUAAGUCCUUUUUUAUCUUGUACAUAUGUAAUUUAUUUUGUUAUGUAUCAUAUUUUUAGAAAAAUAUGGUUUAGAUUAGGGAAAAUAAUUAACAAAGAGAUUAUUACGUAUAAUCAUAAUAUUG